UUUAGAAACUAACCUAACCUAAAACAGUGAUUAGCCAUAUUCAGUCAAACAAUCAACUGAAUAAGAUGUGCAAUGGAUAUACAAGAAUCAUUUAAUAAUCUGUCGAUGCGAACGACGAACAAAUUAAAAAACUUCUCCGCCAAAAUCAACGAUCAAAAGACAGAAUUUGUGAUAACAAAUUUCAACAACUGUCUCUCGAUAUUGAUCACACAGUACGGAAAAAUCGGAAACUUGUACGAAAUCAAAGUAGACCAACCUGAAAGCGGUCUGGAAGUGGCGGAUCCUGUGUAUACUGUUAAUUGUUUGUUGGGACCAGAUAAUUUGGAGGCUGAAGUGGGGGCACGAUACAUCACUGAAAAACUUAAGAUAGUCCGGCCACUUUUGUUGAGUUUAACUUUGAAAGACUUUAGUAAGGAAACUUUACAUGCUUUAGUAGAGGCUAUAGUAAAUUACAAACAAUAAUGUCUUUGGUGAAAAGAACUAAGAAAUCUGAGUCAUACUUUGGCCAGGUUGUUAUUGGUCCUCCAGGAUCAGGUAAAACAACCUACUGUGGCAAAGUGUAUUCAUUCUACAAAGACAAACUCAACAGAAAAGUAGAAGUGAUAAAUUUAGAUCCAGCUAAUGAAAACAUGAACUACACACCAAAAAUUGAUAUCAUGAAACUGAUCAUGGUUGAGGAUGUGAUGGAAAACUUGAAACUGGGCCCAAAUGGUGCUUUAAUGUACUGCAUGGAAUAUCUGGAACAAAAUUUUGAUUGGCUCUUAAAUCAACUUGUGUUGGUGAAGGACAGUUAUUUAAUUUUUGAUAUGCCUGGACAAGUAGAACUUUAUACACAUCAUGGUUCAAUCAAGAACAUAUUUGCAAAGUUAGAGAAGUUGCAGUAUCAUUUGUGUGCACUUCAUAUGGUUGAUUCACAUUACUGUUCUGAUCCCACUAAAUUUAUUUCUACAUUGUUGUUGUCAUUGUCCACUAUGAUGCAAAUUGGACUGCCUCAUGUUAAUGUUUUGACAAAGGCAGAUCUAUUAAAGAAAAACUCCACAAAACUGGAUUUUGGUUUGGACUUUUAUACUGAUGUGCUAGACUUAGAAUACCUUUUAGAAUUACUUGAUGAUGGACCUUUUACCAAGAAAUAUAAAAAGCUUAAUGCAGCACUAGUUGGACUUGUUGAAGAUUACAGUUUGGUAUCUUUUGUCCCACUGAAUGUAAAAUCUGAGAAAAGUUUGCUUCAGCUAAAAAGUGCAGUGGAUAAAGCAAAUGGUUACAUUUAUGGAAGUGGUGAAGAAAGAAGUAUUCAAGCACUUUUAUCAUGUGCAGUGGGAGCAAGAACAGAAACUGAGAGAUAUGAUGCUGAUUAUAUGUAAUUUAUUUUUAUAUGUUUCAAAUAAAAAUUGAAAAUGGGAUUGUGCUAAUAUUAUUAAAAUUUUAGCUAUAACAGGUUUGAAAUAAAAGUCUCAAUUAAGA